UUACAAACAAACGCAAAUCAAACUUGAAGAGAGCAAAGAGCAAAAUGAAUUGAGGAAAAUAACUGUGUAGGAUUUGUAUAUUAUAAUGUAAAUGAAUAGUUUUACAAUUUUUAGACUCAUAUUUAUAACAGUCUCAAAACUCGAUUUCAUUUUUUAUAUAAAAAUACAUAUUUAUCUAGAAAAUGUAAAUUUUUUUUUACGUCGGACCCAAUUAAUGAUGAGUUUUUACUGGUGCACAGAGAUUUAAGACAAUAUAGAUUUCUCUAUCGUUUUAUUUUCACAUUUAUCUGCAUUGAUAUAGUCUUUGUCUUUUGGUUUCUUCUAGAAGAGGACAUUGUUGUUACAAUGUCUUUCAAUAAAAGUUUUGAUACUUAAAACUUUUCAUGAUGCCUUACCUUUGCAUCAGGUCGUGGAGAUAAAAAAGAAGCUAUGUCUUUAAGGUGAAACAAAGCUCAAAAAGGUUCUUUUAAGCAUCUCUUACGUAUUUCGGAAACCACACAUCAUCUUUCAAUGUCAUGCUGAUCAAGAACCUAUUCACUCUUUACAUUUCCAACUCAUUAAAAACAUUUCUUUUUGGAAUUGGUUUUGUUGAUUGAUGUGUGAUAGUAGUAUAUAUAUAUACACACUUCUCAUUCUUUUUAUCAUCUAGUUUACCUCUUAACAUUACUAGAGUUUUAUCAGUUAUAAUGUCAGGCUAUGCCAAGACAACAUAUGGAGGAAAGAGCAAAGUUUUUGAUGAAGCUUGUGCAGUUCACCCACCGAAACAGAGUGAUAUCACCGGUAAAGUCAUCAUCUUUACCCUUGUAGGGCUUUGCAUUCUGCUCUGCCUCUUCAUCAGCAUCGGUUUCUAUGUCCUAGCCAAGCCACUUAAAACAAGCGUGACGUCCGUGGCUUUAAGAAACCUCAGGUACAACGAUACAUCAUCAUCAUGGCCUUAUUUCAACGCGACACUAACUAUGAAGAUCAGAAUAAAGAAUCCAAAUUUCGGCUUCUUUGAGUUUCCAACUAGUAAAGGAGAUAUCAUGUACAAUGGUCGACUUGUUGGUGAAAUGAAGAUUAAUGGACAACGAGUGGGUUCAUACAGUGCCAUCAGGACAGCGGUUAGGACAGAAGUGAGUUACAGAGAGAAUAAGGCAUCAUCUGUUUGGUUGAGGAAUGAUAUAAAGAGAGGGUUGAUUAUCCUCAAGAUUGAAGCUAAACUGAGAGGUGAAGUACACUUGGUGGCUUUGAACAAGAGAAGUGUGAAUUUGAAGUGUUUGAUGUAUCUUAAUCUGAAAGAUGAAGUGAUUCAACGUUUGUGGUGUAAAUGAAAUCUCUCUUAGUUUAGGUUUAGGGUUUAUGUUGCUCAGUUGAUAUUGAAAUACUUUGGUUGUAUUAAAAUAUAUCAAUGGAUUGAUUUACAAUUAUUAUGUACAUUUUGUCACUAUAAAAUUCACAUUUUUGCAUUUCUACAUAUUAUCACGGUUAAAAUUUGUAUUUAAAAUUAUUAAAGUGAAGUUUGGAAUGCUAUUACGAGCAAAA